AUGCCUCAGACCGCCCUGCCCACUCCAGCCAUCAGAGGAGCCAGCGCCAUGCCUCAGACCGCCCUGCCCACUCCAGCCAUCAGAGGAGCCAGCCCCAUGCCUCAGACCGCCCUGCCCACUCCAGCCAUCAGAGGAGCCAGCGCCAUGCCUCAGACCGCCCUGCCCACUCCAGCCAUCAGAGGAGCCAGCCCCAUGCCUCAGACCGCCCUGCCCACUCCAGCCAUCAGAGGAGCCAGCCCCAUGCCUCAGACCGCCCUGCCCACUCCAGCCAUCAGAGGAGCCAGCCCCAUGCCUCAGACCGCCCUGCCCACUCCAGCCAUCAGAGGAGCCAGCGCCAUGCCUCAGACCGCCCUGCCCACUCCAGCCAUCAGAGGAGCCAGCGCCAUGCCUCAGACCGCCCUGCCCACUCCAGCCAUCAGAGGAGCCAGCCCCAUGCCUCAGACCGCCCUGCCCACUCCAGCCAUCAGAGGAGCCAGCGCCAUGCCUCAGACCGCCCUGCCCACUCCAGCCAUCAGAGGAGCCAGCCCCAUGCCUCAGACCGCCCUGCCCACUCCAGCCAUCAGAGGAGCCAGCCCCAUGCCUCAGACCGCCCUGCCCACUCCAGCCAUCAGAGGAGCCAGCCCCAUGCCUCAGACCGCCCUGCCCACUCCAGCCAUCAGAGGAGCCAGCGCCAUGCCUCAGACCGCCCUGCCCACUCCAGCCAUCAGAGGAGCCAGCGCCAUGCCUCAGACCGCCCUGCCCACUCCAGCCAUCAGAGGAGCCAGCCCCAUGCCUCAGACCGCCCUGCCCACUCCAGCCAUCAGAGGAGCCAGCCCCAUGCCUCAGACCGCCCUGCCCACUCCAGCCAUCAGAGGAGCCAGCCCCACCACCACACCAAAGCACCAGGACCAGCAUGGCCCCCAAGUCCAUCCUGCAGGACACUGCCUACAGGAGAUUUCACGCUCCAGUAGCAACCGCCCAGGCAUCAGCCACUCGUAG